CGACAGCGCAUCUCGAAUGUUCCACGGUGUUUUCUCUCCGCACCUGUCAACCGUUCAAUGGCGCGCUUGAUUCGAGAAUACUCAGUUCCUGUUACGCGUGGCAGUUUUGAGCGAGUGUGCGGAAAAAGAGGAGUUUCGAAAGUGAGAGCGCUUCGACUCUUCCCCCUAAAGCAGGUGGCUUUCGUCGGCGAUAACUUUAUGCCACGUCAGGGAUUUGCGUUUUGAUCCUUUGCUGAUCCCGACGGCGACAACAACAAGAACCGCGAGAAGAAGACGAGGAAUUAAAAAAAAAACAUUUGCAGCAAUACACGGUAUGGCUUCAUAGCGAAACAAGCCGGCUUGUCUAGCUCUGGCAGAGUGGUGUGUGGAAAAAGCAAAGACGGCAAGGGCGUGCAGACUCGGUGCUGUACCGUGAAGAUAUGGAGAGCAAGUACAACCGCAAAAGCCCCGCUGUCAAGCGGUUAAUGAAGGAAGCUGCUGAGCUUAGAGACCCAACUGAACAUUAUCAUGCUCAACCACUGGAGGAUAAUCUCUUUGAAUGGCACUUUACAGUCAGAGGUCCUCCAGAUUCAGAUUUUGAUGGUGGUAUUUAUCAUGGGAGAAUAGUCUUGCCUCCAGAGUACCCAAUGAAACCUCCCAGUAUUAUUCUGCUCACACCAAAUGGACGGUUUGAAGUUGGAAAAAAAAUCUGCCUAAGCAUCUCUGGACAUCACCCUGAAACCUGGCAGCCUUCUUGGAGUAUAAGGACAGCACUAAUAGCUAUAAUCGGAUUCAUGCCAACCAGAGGAGAAGGGGCAAUAGGAUCUCUUGAUUACACUCCAGAAGAAAGGAAGAUGCUUGCCAAAAAAUCCCAAGACUAUUGCUGUGAGUCAUGUGGUAUCACUAUGAAGGCUGCCUUGCUUCCACUAACCUCAAACAGCCUACCCAGUGAAUAUGACAGGAAAGACAAAGAGUUGGCAAAGCAGAUCAGCUUCAAGGCAGAGUCCAGUACCUCCAGUAAAUCUAACGAAAUGCAGGUCUUGCCAACUGUAGCAAGUCCAGACUCCACGGGAGAGACACCACCUACAACAGAAAACCAGGCAGCAAUGCCUGUUUCAGAAGAGGCUGAUUUUCCUAGCAGGGUACAAACUAAUCCAAGUGAAGACACAUCCCAGCCAACACCCCCAACAAACAGACCGUUAAGCCCCCGACAGCGCCGUGCUCAGCAGCCUAGGAGACCAGCUUCCCCUGUAUACCCACAAGCCCAGCUCCAACAUGACCGGACCAAUCACCUUGGAUCUGCCAUUCUCAUUGUCCUGCUCACUUUAGCCCUGGCAGCACUUAUCUUCAGAAGGGUCUAUCUAGCAAAUGAGUACAAAUUUGACUAUGAACUGUGACCUUUGCUUACUUUGCCACAUACUGGACAUACCUUGAACUACCAAUGUGUAAAUAUGCAUAUCUGAUAUUGUAGGCAGUUAGGCUGGUUUUUUGGCCAUUGAUAAAAAUAAAUGUCAUGUAUUCAGGGAGUGCCUGCCAUUUAAAGGUAUGUCACUGGUGGUCAAAGUCUUGUCAAGAACCCUGACAUUUCUGCAUUUUAUAGACCCAUUUUAAACCUCUCCAGUCAACACAGAAUGUAUUCAGUUUUGUCUCAGUGCUUCCCAAAAUAUUAUGUUAUGGUAUACUGUAUAUAAAAAGAAUACAAAUAUAACUGCAUUUUAUAUGUAUGUUUACCCUCUAAAAUAUGCAGAGGUGCAUCCAUCAUCUAUUGUUAAGUUUUCACAUUCUGAAUUUUCAUUUCAAGUAAACAAUUUUAACUAGACAAUGAAGACAUCCUCAGUGAAGGGGUUAAACUGGAGCAGUGUCGCUGCAGUUAUUUUGUUAUCUGUGGUAAAAUUUUAUUAUUAUUCACAUUUCUAUCAUUUUUGGUGUUAUGGAUUUGAUCACCUGUAACACAUAAUUAUUCCAAUUCAUUUCAUUAAAUGGAGAAAAUGGCACUGCAGAUAUUUUUGUUCUAGAAGAAAAAUGUUGUUUUGUGACAUUCCAGAAACUCCAUGACAGAAGGGGCUAUUUUGGGAAAUUUCAGGUAUUUAUUUCCUGCACUAAACAAAAAAAAUUCCAUUUGAGAACUGAAUCCUGAAAGUGGCUAUUUUAAAUGCAGCCAUUUAAUGCAGUUGAAAUAUUAGCGACAUAUUGGUGGUACACUUUGUAUUUUAUUUUUCUUAGAACAAAGUACAUAAUUGCAACAGCUUAGAUUAAAAAGAUAUUUACCUCAUAUGAAUUUAAUGAAUUUUAAAAGCCAUGUCUUUAAAUAGUGCCUGAAAGCAUUAUAGUUAACAAAUCUUACCAUUCCAAACUGACAGUUGUUGAUUACUUCAAUAGCAAACACCCAGAUUUCUAUGUCGGUACUUUUACUUGAAUGUUACAUGAAAUAUUAUACAGUAGCUUGGUUCAGUAAUGUGGGAUUCUUACAUAUGUAAUACGUUCAUUUCUGCAUCUUGCUUGUUAAUGAGGUGGGGUGCCAGUUGGAUGGUGACCCUAAAUUUGUUAAAGCUAGUGAAGGAUCAUGUGGGGUUACUUUGUUUCAUCUUGUUUUGACUGAAGUUAUAGCAGUUGCAUGGAACAACGUUUAUAAUUAGGUACAAUAUAAUAAUCUGUCCGCAUGUAUUCUUCAUUCAGCUUUUAAUGAAAAUGGCAUGAGCAGUGAACAAACUUCAGCUCCAUUAGGUAGGAAUGAAAAUGAACAACGAUGCACAGUGCAAAUAUGGAAUGGAUGAGUCUGAUUUUAAUAUGUUACAUUUGUUUUCAGAUAAAAUAAACCAUGAUACAGUUAAA